UCGAGGAGGGAUAGAGAGACUUGGGAUUUGGAUUGUGUGCAUGAGAGAGAAAGAGGAGAGGAGAGGGGAGGGGAAAAGUUGGACACGGACAAUCUUGCAGCAACUUUUUUUCUUCUUUCCUUUCUCUGUGGAGGAAGCCUCAAGAAAGAAAGUCAACGGGACAAAAGACACACUGGAUUACAUUUGAAUUGCAUUUGCAUCGCCCUGCAGGAUUCCCCUGGAUACGUACAGGCGUUUAUUUCCGGAUUAAUGUGGUCGCAAAUUUGUGGAUUUAUCAGUAGUUGAAGCUGGUGGCUGGGGUGAGGUGUUUACGGAGGAGCGAAACCAUGUGGCUUCUCUGCUCCUCUUUGACUCUGUUGGCCCUCAGCUUUGGAUCAUGUGACCUGCUGACAUCAGAGCAAGAAGAACAGUGCCCGUCCUUACAAGUGGAUGAGUGGAAGUUUCCUCAGGCAUCCAGGCACAAUAUCACAGGUUUUAAUCUGGUGAGGCGAUUUUCCCUGCUCAAAAGUAAAGAUGUCAAGAAGAUCCGCAACCCACGAGGGCCCGUCAUCCUCCGCCUGGGCAAGACUGCACUCCUACGCCCAACUGAUCAGGUGUUUCCUAAUGGCCUACCAGAGGAGUUUACCCUGAUCUUCACUCUGGCGUUAAAGAAGGCGGCCCUGAGAGACACCGUCUACCUCUUCCAGAUAUCUGAUCAGGAGGGAUACCCACAGCUCUCUUUAGACCUCAGCGGCCCUGAGGGCACCCUGUCCCUGCGUGCCAGAGGGGUAGACCCCACAGCUGACCUGGUGAGCUGCGUUUUCAGCGGGGAGGGGGUUGAGGCCUUGAUGGACUUGAGCUGGCACAAGGUGGCCCUCAGUGUGCAACAAGGAGCUGCCUCCCUCUACAUGGAUUGCAACUCCAUUGAGACCAAACCCCUGGAGCCCCGUGGAGAUGUGCUCACUGAUGGACACACUCUGUUGGGCAUCAAGGCUUCAGACGCGGGGCCUGUGCAGAUGGACAUUCAGCAGGUGAUGCUGUACUGUGACCCGUUCCUCGCCAUGCAGGAGGCCUGCUGUGAGAUACCUGGGGCACGGUGCCCACCAGACGCUCCCAAGAGCCGCCGUGCUGCUGAGAAUGAUCUGUUGGAAAACACCUUUAACCAGGAGAUUUUUGCAUCAAAGGAUCUGGCAGACAAAUGUGGUGGUUGUUUAUACCUGAAUAGGGAAGAAAAUGUAUUAAAUCUUGGAGGAGUUGCUGGGUUGAAAGGGGAAAAAGGUGACCGGGGUGAUAGCUGUUCUGGCUCCCAUUCAGGUCCAUGCACAGAGGGACCCAAGGGCCAGAAGGGAGAAAAAGGCGAGUCGGCGCAGCCUGCCAACUGGGGCGAAGCAGCAGGGUACAAGGGAGACAAGGGUCAGAAGGGAGAAAUUGGCCCUCAGGGUCUCACAGGCACCCCAGGGAAGGAUGGUCGAGCGGGGUCCAUCUGCGUAGUCGGCCCCAAGGGACAGAAGGGUACACCAGGUUUGGUGGGUCCUGAGGGGUUGGCUGGGGAGCCAGGUAGGCCUGGACUUCCAGGGCUACCAGGGAUUGGAAAGCCAGGUCUACCAGGACGUCCUGGUGAACCCGGUGGUGCCAAGGGAGACAUGGGAGACGCAGGAAUACCAGGACUAGAUGGAUUGCCAGGAGAUCCAGGACCAAGAGGACCGGCGGGGUCUAAAGGAGAGAAGGGUGACCCAUGCGAGGUGUGCCCCGUGCUGCCCACGGACAUGGGAAACACAGUGGCUCUGCAGGGGAAGCCAGGCCCUAAAGGAGAGCCUGGAUCACCAGGGACAGGAGAGAGAGGACCAGCUGGGCCUGUGGGUGCAGAUGGCAAAGCAGGACCGAAGGGGGAACCAGGAACAGGUGGUGUCAAAGGAGAAAAGGGAGAACCGUGUUCUGUGUGCCCCACUCUCGGAGAGUUACCUCCUAACCACGUCCCUGGUGUCCAGGCCCAAACCCUGCAGCAGAAGGGCCAGAAGGGAGAGCCCGCGAUCGGACUGAAAGGAGAGCAGGGGGAGCCAGGAAAUGUUGGAUCACCUGGCCUCAGAGGAGAGAAGGGUAGCGCAGGCACCAAAGGAGCUGAUGGUAAGCCGGGAAAACCUGGACCGAGGGGACCCAGUGGCAAGGAUGGACAGAAAGGCCCAAAGGGAGAGCAAGGACUGCCUGGUCUUGGUAUUCCUGGCCUUAAGGGUGAGAAGGGCGAGUGCGGUCUGUGCCAGCCGGCUGAGGUUGGCAGCGGACCUGCGGGCAUUAAAUUGCCUGAUGGAGUGCGAGGCGAGCGUGGCGAACCAGGCCUUCCAGGUCCACCAGGACCUCCAGGUCUCGGAGCUGAGGGCAAACAGGGCCCUCCAGGACUUGCUGGUGCAAAAGGAGAAAAGGGUAACGAAGGAGAUACAGGAGAAAAGGGACUGGACGGAGCUCCUGGAGUCCCAGGACUGCCUGGAGAGCCUGGUCGGGAUGGAAUAAGAGGCUUGAAGGGAGAGAAGGGUGAUGCUUGUACCAGCUGUCCUUCUGUGGGCACUGCAGUGGGUGAUGGUGUAGCUGUGCCAGGCCCCAAAGGAGAGAGAGGAGAACCCGGUCCUGCAGGGGAUGGGAAGCCAGGCAAAAAUGGAAAACCAGGAUUACCAGGUGUGCAGGGGCCUGCUGGACCCAAAGGAGGCAAGGGAGAGCCUGGAGAUGCAGGAGUUGGCCUUCCAGGACCCCAAGGUGAAGAGGGACCAAGAGGGCUCCCAGGACUUGCAGGACCGCCUGGAGCCAACGGACUGACUGGCCCUGUUGGUCCUGCAGGGGAAAAGGGCUCCAGAGGAGAUGUUGGACCUCCAGGACCACAGGGGCCUGAGGGCAUUGGAGUAGCAGGGCCCCCGGGUAGAGAUGGAGCCCGCGGGCAUAAAGGAUCGCCAGGAGAUGAUGGCAGACCUGGAUUUGACGGGGCUAAGGGGGACAAGGGGGAACCUGGAGAGUGCAACUGCUUAAUCCCCGUGCACACGGGUAUAGGUGGACCUGGAGCUCCAGGAACUUCAGCAAACAUGUGGCAGCCCGGGCCUCAGGGCCCACCAGGACCUCCUGGCCCACCUGGCCCACCCGGGCCUCAGGGUGUUACUGGAACCCAAGGACCACAGGGUAUCCCUGGAAACGACGGGUUACGGGGGGAACCGGGUUUGCCUGGAUACAGCGGCAUCACAGGACCACAGCAGCUUCCUCGAGACUCUGCUGGAGGAGAUGGGGAUGUGGGCUGUGAAGAUGGGAACUGCUCCAUAGGAAUUCCGGGUGUACCAGGCACGACUGGUGCUAAGGGAGAAAAAGGAGACCAGGGUAAGCCUGGUGUAACCCCCUUGGACAGCUGUGACAAGUGUUUGGAGAGACUGCAGAGAGAGCAGGCGACACAACCAGUGGAUGACAGACCAGGAUCACCUGGAAUUCCAGGAACGCCUGGAUCACCGGGAAUCAGGGGAGAGCCUGGUAUACCAGGAGAUAGAGGUCCAGCUGGAAUACCAGGGAACAUGGGACCUCCUGGUUUCCCAGGUCCUCAGGGCCCAUCUGGUUUACCUGGUCAGCAGGGUGAGCGAGGGUUACCCGGCCUCGCAGGACUGAAGGGCGAACAGGGCCCUCCAGGGACGCCUGGCUAUCCAGGAUCCAUGGGACCGCCUGGACUUCCUGGACUGAAGGGCGAACGCGGGAGCCCAGGAAGCGCUGGUCAGAAAGGAGAAUCAGGGGCUCCUGGUAACCCUGGGUACCAAGGGCCGGCUGGUGCAGCGGGCAUUAAAGGAGACACGGGACCAGCAGGGCCUGUUGGUGCCAAAGGGGAUCAGGGUUUCCAAGGACAACCAGGUUUCCCAGGACCACCAGGUGCACCAGGUCCUUCCGGAAAACCUGGAAGGGAAGGUACCACUGGGCUCAAAGGCGAAAGGGGCAAUGAUGGCACUCAAGGUUCCCAGGGACCAACUGGACCACCAGGCUCCCCAGGCUCCCCUGGGCUGAUGGGCCCCCCUGGGAUUGAGGGAAUUGAUGGAAAAGAUGGGAAACCAGGGCUGCGGGGAGAGGCAGGCCCUCCAGGCCCAAUAGGACCACGAGGAAUCCCAGGAUUCAAAGGGAAAACCGGCCAUGUUGGCUUCCCUGGACAGAAGGGUGAAGCUGGGCCUUCAGGUGCACCUGGAUCACCAGGCAGGCCAGGACACGAGGGUGAUCCCGGCACCCCAGGAACCCAGGGACGACCUGGACCCCCCGGCCACGUUGGCCCUACAGGUCCAGCUGGACCACCAGGACCUCCUGGUCCUUCGGGAGUGGGUCUAAAAGGAGAUAAGGGCCAAGCCGGUGAGAGGGGUCUUCCAGGGAUGGGAGGAGCCCCAGGACCACCCGGGCACCCAGGGCUCAUUGGAGAGCCAGGCAGCGAUGGUGCCCCUGGCAAAGAUGGAUCGGCAGGCAUGCCAGGGGACAACGGGCAGCCAGGUCAAAAGGGUGAACCAGGUGCCGCAGGCCAGAGGGGUCCUCCAGGAGAGAGAGGUCGACCCGGGCCUCCUGGCGGUGGAGGUUACCACUCAAAGGACGCACAGCCCAUGAUUGGCCCAGCCGGACCCAGAGGAGAGAGGGGAAGCCCAGGCUCAGCAGGGAUCCCUGGGUCGCCCGGUCCUCCAGGGUCACCAGGAAGUGAUGCUGUAGUCAAUUAUGAUGAAAUCAAGAACUUCAUCCGCCAGCAUGUCAUCAAGAUCUUUGAUGAGAGAAUGGCCUACUACAUGUCUCGAGUACAGAUGCCUGUAGAGAUGGUGGCAUCCCCAGGUCGGCCUGGGCCCCCAGGGAAAGAUGGAACACCAGGUAGUCCUGGGAAUCCCGGUGCACCUGGAAUCCCAGGACAUAUCGGCAGACAAGGCCGGCCAGGACCCCAAGGACCCGCUGGACCACGAGGACCAACUGGAGAAAAAGGAGAUAAGGGUGUUGGAGAGAUGGGAGAUGUUGGACCUCCAGGAGCACCAGGCGUUCCAGGUCCCCCAGGCUAUGGAAAGAUGGGACCCCCAGGUCCUGUUGGCCAGCAGGGUGUUCCUGGAAUCCCAGGCCCUCCUGGGCAGACUGGUUCAAAGGGAAAUGAUGGACGAUGUAAUCCUGGAGACUGUAUGAGCCAUCAAGUAGAGUACAGCCCCAAGGGCCCACCUAUGAAGGGCCCCUGGUAAAGAUGUAGAGGUGAUCGAGUAGAGGGGCAGUGAGGACUGAAGCAAAGAGGCUAUGGAGAAGACAGGAAGCCAAAGACCGCGAUCCAAAGUUAUUAAAUCUGACCUCAAAAUGAAAUCAAGGAGCCCCUUUGUUGCUGAAUUGUAUAGAUUUACCCACACAGAUUUCUGCUGUAGUCCUGAGCAAAAAUCCAGUUUCUUUCAAAGGGCCCCGCUGGAAUGAGGCCUGCUAAGACACACCGGCUGAACAUUUUUAUUGCAUCAUUCUUUUUCCCUUUGAACACCAAUUCAUUGAUAUAUUACUGCCUUUUAUUUUGGUCUCGCCUCUGUAUUUUCACUGUGUUUCACUCCUUUUGUACAUUUUAGAACAACCCAGGGGAGGUGACUAGAAUCACAAUUUGUAUUUUCUUCUCCUUGAUUAAAUCUGGCCUCUUCUCUUUUUUUCAGUUUCUUUGUCUAAAUCUGUAGGAAGAGAAUGCACACAAUUAUUGUAGCACUCUGCUUGCACCUCUCAUAUCUUUGUUUCCCUCUCACAGAAUCACAUUUGGAGUGCAUCCCAUGCAUUUAUAUGCAUUAAUAUUCUUUCUCAGUGCUUGUGGUGUGAUACAUUUAAAUUUGACUACCCCAAGAAAUGUAUUUCAGUUCUGUGGAAAGAGAUGUCAAAAACUAGCAUACCUACCCUUCAUGAUGGAUUGACUGUUUUGUAUAUAUUUAUAUUUAUAUAUAUAGUGGCUUUUUUAUGCUUAUUUUUCAAUGGAUUUGAUACGAGGCAUAUGUAUGGCUAGCCUCCUAUUCUUCAUUGUCAGUGGCUAUAAAGCAACAAAAAAUGCCAAAGGGAUAUUUUUCUAAGGUCCAUAAGCUUUCAUAAUGGAAUAAUGUGUUAAGUAAAAGACAUCAUUAUUUAUAAAAGAAAAAAUGUGUUUACACAAGAAAGCAUAUUGGCUUUUGUAAUUAUGUUGCUAAAGUUCAUUUUGUGUCAUUUUAACUCCAGUCUUUUGGGAAAUACAGCCAUUUUAAAGCAUCUCAUCUCAUUCUGUAUUCUGAAGGAGCUGUAGUAGCCAUCUGUCUGCUUCAACAGGCACUUGUUUAAGAAAAUAUGAGCAAUGAUUGAGCCACAGGUACUGUAAUGCAACACACUGAGCGCAGCCACUAAUCCCUCACAAUCAUGCAAGGAUAAAGAAAAUAUUCAGAAAAGCAUCACAAAUGGCUUUUGUAGUGUUACAUGUCACUGUAUUUUGGGGUUGGACUUUUUGAAGCAUUUUUAUGUCUGGAAAUCUAUGGAGUUUUAAUCAUGACAAUCUGAUACCAUCUCCAUUGUUAAAUCUGCAGUUUAAACUAUGAGGCGCGGUCAGACUUCUGUUUUUCACAAGGUAACCCAUGGGAAAUGUAAAACUUUAAAACUGAAUUAAAUUGCUUUUUAAAGAG